AUGGACAGCUAUCUGUGCAAAGUGAGCGUCGUCUUCGAGAAGGGUGCGCUUAGAUACUAUGUUGGUGUCACCUUGGAGGUAUGGACUCCAAGUUCGGUCAGUUCAGACGCGAUGGAGUGUUAUAUCCGUCACUGCGACGACGAAAAACUUGUACCUGACGUCUGGGCUCCCAUAAGUGACUAUCGUUUCAAGUACAAAGCGAAGCAGAAGACCCGUCUUACGCUCUUGAGUGACCUGACCUCACAGCCUCAAGAGCUCCACUUGAAUCUGCCGCCUCCUGGAGAUGCCUCAGGUCUACCGAUGUGCAAAGUUAUGCUUAUCAUCGAGAACAUCAGCACGCAGCGUGACUUACUCGCUGGUGUCUCAACACUUGACCCCGAGUCGCGCCCCCUUUCCAGCAGGCAGUUGGUGUGGCGAUACGAUCACCCUCUUACUCGUGCUUCGAGAUCAGUGACGGUCUACCUGCAGAGUGAUUUUCCGCUUCGCGUUGAUGGCGAAGGCGGACUUGAAACCUUCUUAUACACCGUCAUCCCUCCCCCGUCAGAACUGCGUUCGCCUCCUUCCCUGCCAAUAGAGAUCCUGGACACCAUCAUUGGCGAGACUGAGCCUCGGGUUUCCCUUGGCUUGGCGUAUCCUCCAUGGAGACGGGAAGUAAUCAAGUACGGAAUGGUUAAUCGUACAUGGCAUCGCGCUGCUUUGCCGUAUGCGCUGCGGGUUAUCUACUCUUGGGAUAUCGCCGCGGAACAUCUGGAGAAGCUUGCCAGCCUGUUUGACGCACAACCAACCCACACAUCAUAUGUCAAGUACUUGGAGAUUCAUCAGGAACCUAGGUACUGUGUUGAAACGUAUUCUCGGGCUGCCAUCAGUGUCCUGAAAGCCUCAGCAAAGUCACUCGCCUCGGUGAAAGUCGAGGCAUGGUGCUGGGGAGACCUUUCUAUGGUCUAUGAGCCACUGAAGGACUGCAGCAUUCUUCAGAUACUUCAUAUCGACAACGACUACGAUCUUCGUGUUUCUCGCAAUUACGAGUAUCAAAGCACAAACUAUCUGAUGUUCUCACCCUCGCUCGGUCCUUACCGUCUCUCAAGGAAAUCAGAUGUACAGGAUUGCUGA